GUAAUUGAAACCAACCUAAAGCUCCUUUUUCCAUUACUUUAAAGGUAGAUCCGAUUAUUGCUGACUUAAGUAUCGAAGUGUCUACCCCGAUGACCCACCUCGGGGCUUUACAGGUUCAUCCGAAGUGAAGACGUGGAUUGAAGAAGGAUCUCUGGUUUGGUGCAAUUAUAUUAGCGCCGUUUGUGGGAAUUCGAACUAAAAGCUUUUUUUGUUGCUUUCUCAUCAUGGUCAACACUCGAUCUGUCCGAGUUGGAAAUCAGGUUCAACCCCUUAGACAAGGUCAAGGUCAACUCCCCAACAAUCUUCCACCUAACCUCCCACCUCAGAUCCCAAAUCUAUUCCCUUCUGUUGAACAUGUAGGAGGAGGAGAUGAAAACCAACCUCACAAUUCAGCCCACAACUUAGUUUCCAUUGCUAAUCACAGAGAUGUAGUUACAGCUCAGCUUGUUGCCAUGCAAUACAAGACCCUCAACCAGUUCAACAUGCUCCUACUCUUAAUGAAUCUCAAGAUCCUUCAGAAGCCGGAGUGCUUUGGAAGGUUAAUUAAGUGGGCAGUAGAAUUGGGGGAAGUUGAGAUAACAUUUCAACAAAGGUCUACGAUCCGAGCCCAAGCAUUAGCGGAUUUCAUCGUGGAAUGCACCCCAUGUCACCUAAACCCUAACCCCGAGUUGAGCGACUGGACCUUAUAUGUGGAUGGAGUAGCUAGUAGCAAGGGUUUAGGAGCUGGUGCUUUCCUAAUUGCCCUAGAUGGAUAUCGAACUGAGCAUGCUUUGAAAUUUAACUUUGAUGCAACUAAUAACAUGGCUGAGUAUGAAGCUCUGCUACUUAGUUUACAACUAGCAUUGAAGCUGAAAGUCAUGGCAAUACAAGUUUACAGUGACUUGCAACUUGUGGUUAAUCAAGUCAACUUAGUUUGCAAAGUUAUUGAUCUUGUCAUGAUAAAAUAUGUAGAUUCACUUUCCGAGUUUGCCUCUGAUAGCUCCUUAAGCUCCAUAUCAGUUUUCGUGGAAGUUCUAGAUGAACCAAGAUUCAUGAAGCCAAGAAUGAUGGAGAUCAGCACAGACCCGGAUACACCAAGCUGGAUAGAUCCAAUUGUCUCCUUUUUACAAGACGGGUCAGUGCCUGAAGACAAGCAAGAGCCAAUGAGGUUGAGGAAGAAAGCGUCUCGAUAUACACUCGUUGAUGGGGUCCUUUAUAAGAGAUCUUUCUCGCUCCCUCUUCUACGAUUCUUAAAUCCUUAUGAAGUUGAGUACGCACUUCGGGAGGUGCAUGAAGGUGUAUGUGGAAGCCACAUUGGUGCUAGAACCUUGGCUCACAAAAUCCUCAGACAAGGAUAUUAUUGGCCAAAUAUGUAUAAAGAUGCUACUCACUUUGUGCAGAGAUGCCCGAAGUGCCAAUUUUUUGCAAAUUUGACUCACCAACCGACAGAAGAGCUCACCAACUUGGUAGCAUCGUGGCCAUUUGCUCAGCGGGGACUUGAUCUUUUGGGCCCAUUCAUGAAAGGAGUUGGAGGUGUAACCCAUCUGAUUGUUAGGGUUGAUUAUUUUAUGAAAUGGGUUAAAGCUUGGCCAUUAUCCAGUCUUACCUCCAGAAAGGUCGAAGACUUCAUUUUCAACUCAAUCAUUUGUAGAUACGGAAUCUCGAAUCAGAUUAUAACUGAUAAUGGAACUCAGUUCAACUGCUUUUCAUUCAGAGAUUUCUGCUCCAGUUACGGGAUCAAACUACAGUUUACCUCAAUUUACCAUCUAGAAUCCAAUGGUAUGGUUGAAUCUGUCAAUAAAGCUAUCCUGGAGGGAAUAAAACUGAGGUUGGAGCAGCACAAGGCCAGAUAGGCAAACGAGCUUAACAACGUCCUCUAGGCAUAUAGAACUAUGAGCUGAACUGCCACAGGUGCUAUUCCCAACUCAAGCUACUUUCAUUCUAUUUUAUUUUCUCACCUACGGCUUUACCCUAGAUCAAAUCUGCACAAUGUGUAAAGCAUACUCUAAAAACUAUAAAUGAAAUAGGUGAAA